AUGUCCUUCACUUUCUCUGGCAAAUACACGGAAUCCAAUUCCUUCGAAUUGAUAUUCACUCAGUGUACAAAGUGUUCUUCCCUCAAAAAUACUUACUAUCCCAAAAUCCAGACGAGACAAGUUAGAAUAGUUCAAUGCAUCUCCUCCAAUUGUGAUGAAAUGGCCUGCUUCGGGUGCUUCGUUUUUUACUCGUUUCAUCACUUUACCUCCUUUUAUGGUUUUUUCUUUGUCUCCCACUGCUUCAAAUCCAUAGAAUUUCUUAAAGUACAAAUCAGCUUCAUAUGUAAAUGGAUAGUUCUCCAAAAACCAGAAUACACCGCCUCCUCUCCUAUUGAAUUCGUGGACACAGCUCACAAAGGCAUCUGCAUAAUGAUCUACACUAUUAUCACAUUCUUUUGCCAUGAUUCCAUCUCCAGGAGAACAGGUUAUGAACGUCAUUCGAUAUUUGCCGCUCAUCAACUCAUUAAUUGCAGAUAUGUAAUCAAAUGCAUAACGGAUGUUAAACCCUUUCCCUAUGGGCUUUCCAUUAAUAUUCCUGUCUCCGAGUUUCAAUAUGGGAGAGAACCUUUCACUCUCCACAACUUUUCCAUUUCUCAAGACUUCCUCUGUGAUAAACUCAUCAAUCACGUUUCCUUUCUCAUCUUUCUCUCCUCGACACAAAUAAAGAAUAAUGAACAAAAUCGAAUAGUGACCAAACGCUCCAUCCACUCCCAAGUCAUAUCUGCUGUCGUUAAUAUCAUUAAUCUUUUUCAUUGCAUCUUUUCCAUCCGUCUCAUCAUUGAAUCGAACACUACUCAAUGUUGUUUCAUAAAUACUGGGAAUAUUGCAGAUUGUCUUUGUCAAUUCUCCAUAAGUCUUGUCAAAUGUUCCAUUCCAAAUCAUUCCAUCUAUUUUCUUCUCUGGAACUGCAUUCGUAUUGGUAUUGACUGA